AUGGACAUCGGCAUGAAGGGAGCAGACUUUGAGCACCAGAUUGGCUUCCCGUACGCAUGGAGGUACGCGCCUAGCUUCCUCAUCAAAUGGUUCUUCAGCCGGGAUGCUUUCGGGCGCAUGGAUCUGAGCGACGAGCAGCGUUUACAACGUGUGCUAGACCCCUCAAAGCUCGCCUCAAUCAAGGAUCCGAGGGAUCGUGAGAUCAUGGCAGAUGAGGAUCUCAUCCGCCUGAUAUUACGAUCAACUCGUGAAGCGAGAGCGCAGGGGUUCGACGGUAUAGCGUUGGAUGGGCGAACGAUAUGUAGUGACUGGGGUUUCCGGGUCGAGGACAUCAGGAAGGAUCUGCCGGUGCAGUUGUGGUACGGCAAGGAUGACUGUUUCGUGCCUGCCCAUCAUGGAAUGCAGAUUGCGGCGAGGCUGGGCGGUGACAAUGGAAAUGUCGUUUUGAGGGUGGAGGAUGAUACGCAUACGACCAUCUCGCAGAGGUGGAAGAGGGCGCAGCUUGAAACUAUUGCUGCCGUGAUGCAGGGGUGA